AUGACAUCAUUUAAAGAUAAAUUAUUAUCAUCACAUAGAUCAAAUAUACAAUCAACAUUUGGUGGACAUUUAAAUAUCUUUUUUAGUGUUUUAUUAUUUAAUGUUUUGGAUAUUUGUAUUCUUGGAUAUUUCUGGUUUUUACAUUUUAACGCCGUUAAACAAUUUGAAUGUAAAGCCUUCUUUAUUGAUGUUAUUGUAAAUACAAUUCUUACCUUCACACCAUUAAUCGCACUCAUCAAAUCUUCCAUACUCUUUUAUACAUGUAAAUUUGCCGGUUUAGUAGCAUUCCAUUCAUUAAGAUUAUCAAGAAGUAAUCAAAAAUUAUUGAAUAAUUAUUAUAUAAGUCGUCUUGGGAUUUAUUUAAAUUCUGUUAUAUUUUGUAUUGCUAGACUUGUAUUAAUUAUUUUAGCAGUUUGGUAUGCACUUGUAUUAGAGAAGAUCAGAUUCGUAGGUGGAACUGGUUUUGAAAAAAAACCAGCAUCAGAUUUUGAAGAACAAGCUCUAGAAGAAUAUCUCAAAGAUAAAGAUCCUUCAUUAACUCUAGAUUUAAAUAAAUCACAUGAAUUCAUACUUGAACCAACUAUUUAA